AUGAACGAGGAACAGAUACAGGCGAAAAUCGCCGCCCUGGCCAGCCAGAUCAACCAGGCGAAGCAGCGGCAGCAGCAAAUUGCGCUGGCGGCGAACACAACAUAUUACACUCACCCCUCGCGUCCAUCCCAUCACGCCCGAGAGGCUUCACACUGGACGCCUUAUGGCCGUGGCGGAAGAGCAGGAUACCGAGCUGGAUUCCAGAAUCGAUCCCUGGUCGUGGGUAGCAGGACUGGCAAUCCUGUGGCCGAUGACGCCCGCGACGACUCAGGCAGCGACUCGUCUGCCUUCGUGUCCAAUCGGCGAGCUGGCACGAACUCAAUCAUGACCAAGGACACCUUUCAGCGACAACAGAGGCAGAAAGCAGACUACCAGGAACCACACCCACCAGCCCCUAAGCGACAGGACUAUAAGGACACCGCAAGGGACACCAAAUUAUCCCGCACCCUGAUCAUUGACAACAUUAAAUUCGAGAUUAACCACGAUGGAAGCAAGCUAGUGCGCGUUUCUGAUCCGACUACGGUCGAUCUGGAAACGCCAAAGAAGUGGGAACAAGGUCCAGUCACCUUCCUCCGCAGCAAGCAUGGUAAUCUAAUCAAAGCGACCACACCGAGCCAGAGGUAUCGUCAAGAGCAUGGAACAUAUCCACAUGGGCACGACUCACCCUUGACUUUCAGCAGGCCGACUCCGAAGAAGCAGUGCGCGAAGUUCACUCGAUAUGGUACCUAUUCCAACCAACACAUAUGCCCCGGUCACGCUAAAGCGGAGAAACCCCGAAUCCAGCUCGCGCGAAGAACCUGCCUUCACGGACUCGCAUGCCGAUACUCCCACGACCCAGCCAAAGUCGCCUACUGCAAGGACCUUCUACAACAUGGAAAGUGCCCAUCGGAAGACGCCUGUGACAUGUCGCACGACAAGACUUACCACCGCGUGCCAGCCUGCACAUUCUUCCUGCGCGGCAACUGCACAAACAGUGCAUGCCGUUAUGUUCACGUCGAUGUUCAUCCCUCCCCUACCCGCGUCUGCGAUGCUUUUGCACGCCUUGGCUACUGUGCCAAAGGUACUGAUUGUGACAAGCGUCAUGUGUUUGAGUGUCCGGCGUAUGCUGAGAAGCGGUACUGUGCGGACCACGAGAAGGGCAUUUGCCAACUGCCGCAUAUGGAACAUGCAGGCACACUCCGCAGGGCUGCCCGCCGACAGGCCAAGAUGGCUUCUGAUGAUGCAUCCGACUUGUCUAGCGACGAGGAGGACAACAACGCGGGUUCAGAAGACAAUGACCACGACUCAGACAUCAUUAUGGGCUCCGACGACGACAGUCAUGAGCUCACUCAGCAGCAAGAUUAUGUUCCAUUCGUCUAA